GUGAAGUCACUGUGUGAGGGAGCCGGCCUGGGGAGGGGGCGGGGCCCGGAGGGAGGGCCCCAGUGCCACAGGGACAGCCGUGCAAGGCCUGGCCAGAGUACACAGGAGCUGGUCAGGGAAACUGGCCAGGGCUGGAGCUGCAGUUGCCUGGCAGAGGGAGGCCCAGUCUGGCAGUGGGGGAAACUGAGGCAGCAGUGUGGCCUUGGAGACUGUCAGGGCUGGGCCUACCUGGGCCAGAGUCUACUCUCUGGUUGCCGGGAUCCGGAUGGGGUCCAACCCCGGGAGAGCUUAAGGUCUCUGGUCUGACCCUGCGGCCCCACGGCUGGUCUGGACAUGAGUGAGCAGGAGACGGAGACAGAGGAGGAUGAGGGAGGGGGAACCUCGGACACAGCACCCAUGCUGCCCCGAAGGCCUCGCGACCACCAGGCCACGGCCCUGACGUGCCCAGGGUGGCCGGGCCUGGCUGCCCAAGGCCUCAGGCCCCUGCUGCUGCCUGGCCGGGCCCUGGCUGGGCUCCUGCUGCACCUGGUGCUGCCGGCUGCAGUCUUCCUGCUGCUGCUGCUCCCAGCAGCGGCCAUCGUCUACCUGGGAUUCCUGUGCCACUCAAAGGUCCGCCCGGCCCCCGGCCCCAGGUGCCGCGCGCUGCUCUCGGACCGCGGCUCCGCCGCGCUCAUCGUGUUCGGCUUCCUCUCGCUGCCGCCGCUGCUCGCGCUCGCCUCGGCCGCCCGCGCCCGCCUGGCCCGGCACCUCCGCCCGCCGCUGCAGUCCCCCACCCGGACCCCCGGACUCCGCCGCCACCCGGGCUCCAGCGACCGGGGGCAGGCGAGCCGCCGCCCCGGCGGGGAGGAGCAGCUCUGCGCCUGGGUGUGA